UGAGAAACUCUGAGGAGGAACUUUCCACACACAAAUCUCGACUGAAGCGAAAGAAAGUGUGACGAGCUGCGCAUUCACCUCUGUGGGGAUUAUGGCUCUAGUGCAGUGACACACUGCAGAACCAGGAGGCUAUUUGAGGACAAACCAUUCUGCAUUGGCUUUUUAUUAACCUCAGGGAGCAUAGGACUGUCCCUGCAUGUGUUACCGCAGCUAUGGGCACCGUGAGUGAGCUAUGUGUGUCCAGCCUUCAGACCUUCUUGUGCCCAGUCAAUUCUGGUCAACCACCUGCAGUGCCGGACGACCUCACCCCAGAGGAACAGCAGGAGUUGGAGAAUAUCCGGCGGCGCAAACAGGAGCUGCUGGAAGACAUUCAAAGGCUAAAGGAUGAGAUAGCAGAAGUCACAUGUGAGAUCGAGAACCUGGGCUCCACAGAGGAGAGGAAAAAUAUGCAGAGGAAUAAACAAGUGGCCAUGGGCCGAAAGAAAUUCAACAUGGACCCCAAAAAGGGGAUCCAGUUCCUCAUCGAGAAUGACCUAUUGAAAAACACAAGUGACGAUAUUGCUCAGUUCCUCUACAAAGGCGAAGGUCUUAACAAAACAGCCAUUGGAGAUUACCUUGGAGAGAGAGAUGACUUCAAUAUAGAGGUGCUCCAUGCCUUUGUAGAACUUCACGAAUUCACAGACCUCAACCUUGUUCAGGCUUUAAGACAGUUCCUUUGGAGUUUUCGGCUUCCUGGAGAAGCUCAGAAAAUCGACCGUAUGAUGGAGGCCUUUGCACAGCGCUAUUGCCAAUGCAACCCUGGAGUUUUUCAGUCCACAGAUACCUGUUACAUCCUGUCAUUUGCCAUCAUUAUGCUGAACACCAGUCUACAUAACCCCAAUGUGAAAGACAAACCAACCGUAGAGCGAUUCAUCUCAAUGAACCGAGGCAUCAACGAUGGGGGAGACCUGCCGGAGGACCUGCUGCGGAAUCUGUAUGACAGCAUAAAGAACGAGCCUUUUAAAAUCCCUGAAGACGAUGGGAAUGACCUCACUCACACUUUCUUUAAUCCUGACAGAGAGGGUUGGCUACUCAAACUGGGGGGGCGUGUAAAAACCUGGAAGAGGCGAUGGUUUAUCCUCACAGACAAUUGCCUCUACUACUUUGAGUACACAACUGACAAAGAGCCAAGAGGAAUCAUCCCACUAGAAAACCUAAGCAUCAGGGAGGUUGAGGACAAGAAGCCUAACUGUUUUGAGCUUUUCAUUCCCGACAAUAAGGACCAGGUGAUAAAAGCUUGUAAGACGGAGGCAGAUGGCCGUGUUGUCGAGGGCAACCACACCUUCUACCGAAUCUCUGCUCCAACUACAGAGGAAAAGGAUGAAUGGAUAAACAGUAUCAAAGCAGCCAUCAGCAGAGACCCUUUCUAUGAGAUGCUUGCAGCCAGAAAGAAGAAAGUCUCAUCCAUGAAGAGGCACUAGAGCUGCUGUUCUCUCAAAUCGUUGCACUUGACAGAGCACAGGCCACACCUGCCCCUGACCUCUGACCUCUCCAGGAUCUUUCUCUUGGACUCAGACUGAAUCUGCCCUGGGACUGUGCCGGCUGGGAGCAGAAGCAUGCUGCUGUGUGUAGAUAAGAGUCUGGACUGAAGCCUCCUAUGGGCAUGUCUCUAUCUAAUGGCUUUGCGUGUGCUCUGAGUCUGAGGGGAUUCAAAACCCUUCUUUAAACAAACAUGCCCUGUACACCUGGUUUAAUCUCAGCAGGUCUGACCAGUUGUAUGCCAAACCAAAAUAUUUGUGUAUCGGAAAUUUCUAAUGUUCUUUAAUAUUUUAAAAUAUGGCUAUUUUUACAGCUUUUAUGUCGACUCCAGUCAUUCAUGUAUUCUUUUAUUGUUUUAUUUUAAAAGCAAAACUGUUAAGUGGCUGUGUGUCCAAUGGAUUUUUAUAUAAAGAUUGAAAACAAAAACAGCUCUGUUAACAUGUUGCCACUCGGGAGAUUGUUCCAGAAACGUCUUAUAGCAUACUUUGACGCAUAUCCUUCUCCUGAGGAAUGAAAGGCCAGUCUGUUCCCCAAACUGAGGUGCUAUUGUGGGCUGGACUGCUCAGUGUGGGACAUCCUGCUCUAGGUGAAGUGCCAGCUGUCAGAACAGGGGCUGCAACUAAAUUUGCAAAACUGUGCCUCAUCUAAUCCUAGUACAGCCCACAGAGGAGAGGGAUAUGGGCCUCUCUCUCCUCUGUGGGUGGGACGUAAAGCAGAGGAAUUUAAGAGUUACUGUUUUGAGGAAGCAGGUUUUUCAUAAUAGUUGUGCCCAGUGUUGCAGAAUAGGAAUCUAAUUUCAAUUCUCAUUUCAUGUACUGAAGAUGCUUCCUGGGAAUUGUAAUCAGGCUAUGUGUUUUAGUUAACCUUUGCCAUCUCAAAUAUCUACUUUCUAAAAUGCCUAUCUUCCUAACCUAAAUGUACUUUUUUCUGGCUAUAUAGUGCCUGGUGCUCUAGGUUAAAUAUGAAAAUGCUGCUGGUUAGCGAGAGUAAUUCCCUUUUCUUAUCAUGUCAUUGCUUUGUUAUUUUGGUCAAGCAGUACCAGACUGUUUUCUGGUAAUUUAAACCAAUUCAUUUUAUGUUGGUAAAUCGUUGUACCAUGUUGUUGCAAUAUUGCUCAUAUAGGCUAUUGUACUGAAAACUUAAUAGUUAAAAUGUUUUUGUAAUUGCAUAUAGUGGUGCACAUGAAAGCUUUAGAGGAUCAGGGUGUCUCACAGGAUCAAACCAGACUUACCGGUAAUGUGCUGUCAAGAAUGUAAUGUCCCAAAGACGCGGGGCAGUGCAUGUCACACACUGCUUAAAAACAAAGCUUUGUCAAAGUUUUGCCAAAUUUAUUCAAAGUAAAUUUAUCACUGCAUUCUGAUUUGACUGGAUACAUUUUUUUUUCUACUUUUUGUGCCUGCUGAUCAUUAACCUGUCAUCUUUUAUUUAAACUGCUCCCUCCAGUGAUAUAGUAAUACAGAGAUAAUGCAAAACAAUCAUAAAUCUAGACAGUAUUGGAUUUAUUUAUCAGCAUUGUACAUACUUAAAUGUAUAUUGGGCAAAUGUCUUAAGUUGUGUAAUUGCAUUCUUUUCAUUGUACCAUUUCUGUUGCUACUGUCUGUUUUGAGUUAAGAAUUCUGUCAUUGUCAUUUAGUC